UUUGUUUGAAAGUGGUCCUUUUUAUUGCUUUGUUAAUGUGUUUUGGUAGUCUGCUUAAAUAGCUUUUAUAAUGCUUCUAGAACCAUCUUUUGUGUCUGGCUUUUGUCUGGUUUGUUUUGUGUCUUGUUUUGUUUGUGGUUUGUUUGGAGAGGGCCCGUUAUUGCUUUGCAAAGUUGUUUUUAGGGAGCGACCAAACAAAUUUCUAGAACUUUCUUUGAACAUCGCGAGCAUUUAGCUGUCCAGUGAAGUGUGAAGUAUAAAUGACUGCGUGUCUGGUCUGUAGGGAAAGUGACGUCGUAAAAAGGUUCUUAAAAGCCCCUCCCCCGCAGAAUAUCCACUACAUUUAUUCAACUAUUUCACGACGAGGUCAAGGAUUCUCCUAUUAUCUUUGUUCUUCAAAGGAGUUCUGUUGUCUCCAUUCUUCUCGUUCUUUGUGUCGAGGUGCAGAUAUUUUUCAUUUGCCCAAUCAAAUUGCAGCUUGUAAGAGAUGCAAACUUACUAGUACGCAGCUGCGUAGACAAAGCAGCUGCGUACUUACUCAAAGAUUUGUAUGCUUACGAGGGCCGCGAUAAACGCGAUUUAUGGCGGCGUGCUGUGAAGAAGACACUACAGGUCGUGUUUUCGUAGGUACAUUUGUACAUUCAACGGACGAAAACCAUUUAGAAAUUCACAAAGACAAAGUCAUAGGUGUCAAUUCACAAGGAAAGAUUUUUUUCAUCGACAAUGCAGAUAGAUUCGAGCUCACGGAAAAUUUUAGCGGAUGUAAAUUUUCUCACCUCAGUGAGCGGCAGUUUUUAAUUCCCGGCUUUGUUGAUACCCACAUACAUGCCUCACAGUAUAGCUAUGCUGGAACAGGUUAUGACCUACCAUUACUGAAGUGGUUGGAAAAGUACACAUUCCCUGUGGAGUCGAAAUUUCAAGACGUAGGAUUUGCGAAAAGGAAUUACGAAAAAGUCGUGGAAAGGACACUUCGUAAUGGCACUACAACCGCUAGUUACUUCGCCACAAUACAUCUUGAAGCGACGAAGAUCCUGAGCGAUGUGUGCGAGAAAUAUAAUCAGAGGGCGUUUAUUGGAAAGGUCAACAUGGAUAUCAACUCCCCGAAUUACUACAUUGAAGAUACAUUAAAGUCUGUAGCUGACACGGAGGAAUUUAUAGACUAUGUUCAAAGGAAAAGAAAUCCAUUGAUAACGCCUGUUAUCACCCCUCGAUUUGCAGUUUCCUGUAGUUUUAAAUUACUCAAAUUGCUUGGAGAUCUUGCACGGGAGUAUGACAUUCCAGUGCAAAGUCACAUGAGUGAAAACAAAGCAGAAAUUGAGUUCGUCCGUAGAGAAUUUCCACAGUAUGAGCACUAUGCCGGGGUGUAUGGAGAAGCUGGCCUUUUAUCAGAGAAAACAUACAUGGCUCACUGUUGUCAUUUGUGUGACAAUGAGACUGAACUAGUGGCCUUAUCUGGUACAGGCGUGUCCCACUGCCCAACAUCCAACUUCAACAUCCGAAGUGGACUUGCAGAUGUCAGGUACCUGUCAGAUAGAAAAAUCAAGGUUGGGCUUGGGACCGACGUAUCUGGCGGCCAUUCCCCCUCGAUGUUACAUGCCCUGCGCCAAGCUAUCAAUACAUCCAAUAUCCUCGCAAUCACCAGGGAAGGCAAUUACACCCCUAUCAAUUACAAAGAUGCAUUCUAUUAUGCUACAUUGGGGGGGAGUAAAGUUCUAGGGCUGGAAAAAAAGAUUGGGAAUUUUCAAGUGGGGAAGGAUUUUGAUGCUGUCUUAGUUGACCCAGAUGCUUCUGAUUCUCCAUUUGAUUGCUUUGAUGAAGACAACAUUGACGUUGUUGUACAGAAGUUUUUGUAUCUUGGAGAUGACAGGAACUUAAAAAGAGUGUUUGUUUCUGGAAAGCUUGUUUCAGGUACUGAUACCAAGAACAAACCUAUGAUGCAGAAUUGAGCAGUAAGGCAUUUCCAAAAUUAGUUAAAUCUGAAAAGCCAAAGGAAGCCUCUUGUUUGGUCUUUUUAUGGAUGUGUGAAUAUGUGAAACUACAUAGACAGUGUUGGCAAAAAAUAUAUAUUGGGGGUUGGGGGUGGGGGCAAGAAAUCUUAUGUGAAAUGUUUUAUCACCUUUUUCCCUUCUGUGAUAUGAUUUUUAUUAUGUGCUCCCCCCUCCCCCCCCCAAUGAGCUGGCUAACAAAGUUAUAUUAACAUAUGUGAUCACUUUGUCCAUAUACAGGAUAGAUUAAGGCGCGUUCCCACAAUUGGCCGAGGGGGGGGGGGGGGGGGGUGCCAGUCAUAGGUAUCAAUGGAAAAAGCAUAGUAUUUGAAGAUUCCUUAAUAAGAAAUGACCCCCUUUUUGGCUGCCAGGGGGGGGGGGGGGUUGCACGCGCAUGCUGUGUACUGGCCUGUGAUUUCCCCUUUCCCCCAUUAAAUUUUCUAAUUAAGUAUUUUAUUGCAUGAAAUAUUUUUCAGUUAUGACUGGUGUGCCAUUUAAGAGUUCAUAAAAUAUGAAUUGGGUGUACAAUGUAUAAAAUGUGUGAGAUUUUGUGUAGGUGAUAUAUUGUAUUUUUUUUUUCUUAUCUCUUAUAUUUUUUUAAAUAAAACUAAAAUCCAA